UACAGCUCCUUUUUUUAAAGCCCUUGCCAAUGAUGAGUACUUUACCAUUGGAAGAAUGAUUGCUAUAUCACUUAUCCAUGCUGGUCCUGGCCCACAGUUUUUAUCUCGUAACCUUCUGAAUUAUAUUGUGGGAACUGGUGAGAUUUCUCCAUCAAUUGAAGAUAUAUCAGAUCCUGAUAUUUACAAGAUGCUCCAAAAGAUAAAAAUGGCAUUAAGUCUCAACAUCCUGAGAAAUACUAUAGAAGAAAAUGGCACAAUGCUUCUGAUAGCAGGAUGGCUUAACCACGUUAAAGAAGUUGAUGAAAGAGAGAAACUUGUUCAGGAUUAUCUGGAAUGGUACUUUUUUACAAGAAACAGUCAAGGUAUUGGAAGGUAAUCUACAUUUUGUGCAACUGAGAAUAGUUGG